CAUCUAUGCCACACUUGCUCACCAUAAAAAUAAAGAAAACAUAGAACUAGUCUCUAAUAUCACACUCACCCAUGCUUUGAAGCACAAGCGAGACUUGAAAACUCUAUCUCAUUUCUCCACCAUGCUUAAACUCCUCAACAAUAACCUCCGUCGCCUCAGCUCCCACCUCCGCUGGUCCUCACGGCGUCGUUUUAAGCCCAAGCUACGCUUCACCAAGCCCACUCUCGAACCUCACACCGAACCUUCUCCUCCUCCAACGAAACCAAUACGAAUCGCAACGUUCAACGCCGCAUUCUUCUCCAUGGCACCGGUGCUUCCCGAAGCAGACGACAAAACCACCACCUCCUCGGACGACAACAUAGGACGAGCGAAGUCACCCUACGAUCGACCGCGGAGCAUUCUGAAACAGUCGCAGCCUCCUUUGCUGGGGAAGUCAAAGCUGAGAGUGUCCAUCAACUUACCCGACAACGAGAUUUCGCUGCGCCAAACGAGCUUCUCCGAACACGAGAGAUCGAAAUUAGGGUCGUUGUCGUGGUCGUGGAGUUUCGCCGAGGGAGGAAAAGAGAGGCAGAGAAGAACGGUGGUUGAAGUUCUGAGAGAGCUAAACGCCGACGUUUUGGGCUUGCAAGACGUGAAGGCGGAGGAAGAGAACGGGAUGAAGCCUUUGUCGGAUUUGGCGAGUUCUCUGGGAAUGAAUUACGUCUUCGCCGAAAGCUGGGCUCCUCAAUACGGCAACGCCGUUUUGUCCAAGUGGCCCAUUAAACGCUGGAAGCUACAGAAAAUCUUUGAUCACAACGAUUACAGGAAUGUUCUGAAGGCCACUAUCGAUGUACCCCAAGAAGGUGAACUCCACUUUUACUGCACCCACCUUGAUCAUCUUGAUGAGAAUUGGAGAAUGAAACAGAUAAAUGCAAUAAUUCAAUCUAAUGAUGAGCCACACAUUUUAGCUGGAUGCCUUAAUUCGCUCAAUGAAUCAGAUUAUUCCGAAGAAAGAUGGACAGAUAUUGUAAAGUACUAUGAAGAGAUGGGAAAGCCAACACCGAAGGUUGAAGUGAUGAAACAUCUCAAGAGCAGACACUACACGGAUGCUAAGGACUUUUCAGGGGAAUGUGAGCCUGUUGUCAUGAUUGCCAAAGGACAAAGUGUCCAAGGGACAUGUAAGUAUGGAACUAGGGUUGAUUACAUAUUAUCUUCCUCAGAUUCUCCAUAUAAAUUCGUUACUGGAUCCUACUUAGUCCUUUCUUCCAAAGGGACUUCAGAUCAUCACAUAGUGAAAGUUGAUGUGGUAAAAGUAAAUAGUAAUCCUCAGGAAAAUCUGACAAAGAAGCAGGGACAACCAAGACAGAAAGUUGCAAGAAUAAAACCAAGUCCAUCGAAAUGUAUAUGGAAAACACACACUGGAGAUAUAGAUUGAAUUAUUUUCUUUCCUCAUUUUUUUUUAUUAAUGCGAAUAUACUUUGGAGAUGGAGCAGUUAAUUUUUUUCCUGCUUUCUAAUUGUGUUCUGUAUAUUCUUCAAAAGAAUUAUAUGAAAUAAGCGUGAGAUAUGACAAGUUACACAUUUGUUUUUUUAA